AUGGCUUCCACAGACUCCAAAAUCAACCAUGCCACCUCCCUCAGAUAUUGGAACAGUGUCCCAGCCACCCCGGGUAGUAUGCUCGGCGACUUUCCAUCGGUGUCGCGCAUCGAUCUGCAAGGGUCCAAAAAUUUCCUUGCCAAAGUCCGCCGCCUAGCCCCAGGAGUGCUUUCGGAAGGCAAAUUCAAACAAGGUCUUGACGGCGGUGCUGGCGUCGGACGCGUAACAGAAGGGUUCCUCAGCCAUGUCUGCGAAGCAGUAGACGCGGUUGAGCCCAUUGCCAAAUUCACACAGGUCAUGCAAGACAGCCAAUUGAAGAGAGAGGGCGUCAUUGGCACCAUCUACACGCGGGGGCUGGAGUCCUGGGUUCCAGACAAAAAAUACGAUCUCAUCUGGGUCCAGUGGUGUGUGGGUCAUCUUACCGAUUCUCAACUCGUGGACUUUACUGUGCGCUGUCGCAAAGCAUUGACCCCGGAUGGACUCAUGGUCGUCAAGGAGAAUUUGUCUACUCACUUCUCUGGACAAGAUAUGUAUGACGCGCAGGACAGCAGCGUGACAAGGACGGAUGCGAAAUUCAGACAGAUUUUCAACGACGCCGGGAUGGAGGUCAUCAAGGCGGAGCUGCAGAAGGGUUUCCCUAAAAGUCUCAACCUCAUGCCAGUGCAAUUUUAUGCGUUGCGUCCCAAAGUUCUGAAUUGA